GCUCAUCUCCAUCAGGUCAACAUGAAAAUCUUCGUCUGUUUGCUGGCUGUGGCCGCAGUGGCUCAAGCUGGAUUCAUUGGAGGAGCUGGUGGUGGCGGCUACGGUGGUGGUGGAUCCUCCCAUGGCGGCGGUGGAGGUGGUGGCUACAGCUACGGCGGCGGUGGCUCUGAUCACGGCUCGGAUCAUCAUGGUGGUGGUGGUUCGCCACCCGUCAAGGUCAUCAAAGUGAUCCACGAAUCUGCUCCAUCUGGUGGUGCAGGUGGCUGGCAAUCUGGAGGUGGUGCUGGCGGUGGCUGGUCUGCUGGCGGCGGAGGCGGUGGCUGGUCUGCUGGCGGUGGUGGCGGACAUGGCAGUGGUGGCGCUCAGGAAGUCAAGAUCAUCAAGAUCAUCUCGCAGCAGGCAUCGUCUGGAGGUCAUGGCGGCGGUUAUGGAGGAUCUGCCGGAGGAUAUGGUGGAGCUUCCGGUGGUGGCUGGUCUUCCGGUGGUGCAUCCAGUGGUGGCUGGUCAUCGGGAGGAGCUUCCAGUGGUGGUUGGUCUUCCGGAGGAGGCGGUGCUGAGGCUCAAACUGCUGUGAAGAUUAUCAAAAUCAUCUCGGAAUCGGAUUCUGGAGCUGGAGAUUCUGGUGGUUGGUCCUCGGGUGGUGCGCCCGGUGGUGGCUACGGUGGAGCUUCCGGUGGUGGUUGGUCUUCCGGCGGAGCCUCCAGCGGUGGCUGGUCCUCAGGUGGUGCCUCCAGCGGCGGUUGGGCUCCCCAAGGCGGUGGCAGCUGGUAAUUGUGAUAACCCGUGAUUUCAUUGUGUUCAUCUCCCCCACCAAUUGUUCCAUUUCAUUUCCAUCUUUGUUAUUUGCCCCAUUCCCCAUAUUUUUUGAAUAAAACUUUUCUGUUU